AACCAGCUACCCUUUGACCCUGCUAGCAACAACGAACCCUUGCAGUUUGGCAGUGGCACUGCCCCCCUAGUCACAGAAGGCCUCAUUGAGAAUGGAGGGGACUCAAGCAAGAAAAGAAAGAGAACAAAUGCUCCUUCAGCUGACAAUAGUAGAACUCUGAGUGUGGACUCUACUGCAAUGACACUGCCUAUGUCUGAUCCAACUGCAUGGGCCACAGCAAUGAAUAAUCUUGGAAUGGCACCAAUGGGAAUUGCUGGACAACCAAUUUUACCUGACUUCGAUCCUGCUCUUGGCAUGAUGACUGGAAUUCCACCCUUAACACCAUUGAUGCCUGGUUUGGGAAUCGUACCUCCACCAAUUCCACCAGAUAUGCCAGUCGUGAAGGAGAUCAUACACUGUAAAAGCUGCACGCUCUUCCCUCCAAAUCCAAAUCUUCCACCUCCUGCAACCCGAGAAAGACCACCAGGAUGCAAAACCGUGUUUGUGGGCGGUCUGCCUGAAAAUGGAACAGAACAGAUCAUCGUGGAAGUAUUUGAACAAUGUGGAGAGAUCAUUGCCAUUCGGAAGAGCAAAAAGAACUUUUGCCAUAUUCGCUUUGCUGAGGAGUUUAUGGUGGACAAAGCCCUUUAUCUGUCAGGUUACCGCAUUCGCCUGGGCUCUAGCACUGACAAGAAGGACACUGGUCGACUCCAUGUUGACUUUGCGCAGGCUCGAGAUGACCUGUAUGAGUGGGAAUGUAAACAGCGUAUGUUAGCAAGAGAGGAGCGCCACCGCCGAAGGAUGGAAGAAGAAAGAUUGCGCCCUCCUUCCCCUCCUCCAGUGGUCCACUAUUCAGACCACGAAUGUAGCAUUGUUGCGGAAAAAUUGAAAGAUGAUUCCAAAUUCUCUGAAGCUGUGCAGACUUUGCUCACCUGGAUCGAGCGUGGAGAGGUGAACCGUCGCAGUGCCAACAACUUCUAUUCGAUGAUCCAGUCGGCCAACAGCCACAUCCGCCGCCUUGUGAAUGAGAAAACUGCCCAUGAGAAAGACAUGGAAGCAGCAAAGGAGAAGUUCAAACAGGCCCUUUCUGGAAUUCUUGUUCAGUUUGAGCAGAUCGUGGCUGUGUACCAUUCUGCCUCCAAGCAAAAGGCCUGGGACCACUUCACAAAAGCCCAGCGUAAAAACAUCAGCGUUUGGUGCAAACAAGCUGAGGAAAUUCGCAAUAUUCAUAAUGAUGAACUAAUGGGAAUCAGGCGAGAAGAAGAAAUGGAAAUGUCUGAGGAAGAAAUAGAAGAAACAAUAGAUAACAAAGAAACUGAAGAAUCAGGUUUAGUGUCACAGGCAGAAACGCUGAAGGAAGAAAACGACAGCCUCCGCUGGCAGCUUGAUGCUUAUCGGAACGAGGUAGAACUGCUCAAACAAGAUCAAGGCAAAGUCCACCGAGAAGAUGACCCAAACAAGGACCAGCAGCUGAAACUCCUGCAACAAGCCCUGCAAGGAAUGCAACAGCAUGUACUCAAAAUCCAAGAAGAAUACAAAAGGAAAGAAGUUGAACUUGAAAAAAUCAAACAAGAAAAGUUGCAGCUGGAGAAACUGAUGGAAACUCUGAGAGAAAAGGAAAGCUGUGCUUCUAGACUCUGUGCAUCAAGCCAGGAGAGCGACUACCCUCUUGAGCAGACUUUCAACAGCAGUCCUAUCAACUCCGAACGUGAAGCACUGCUCGUGGGGAUUAUCGCCACAUUCCUUCACGUGCACCCAUUUGGAGCAAGCAUCGAAUACAUCUGUUCCUACUUGCACCGUCUUGAUACUAAGAUCUGUACCACUGACGUGGAAAGUCUCAUGAGUAGACUCCAGUAUACGUUCAAGCAAGAACUGACGGGAGUUGGAGCCAGCCUGGAGAAGAGAUGGAAAUUCUGUGGCUUUGAGGGCUUGAAGCUGACCUAAAUCCCUUCACUUAACUUGGGAUCCUGAAAAAAAAGAAGAAAAACAAAGCGUGUUGGGCAAACUUAGAACGCAAUUUGUAUUUUCAAUGGUUUUCAAGUAGAAAUUGCUUUAACUUUAACAAUUCAUUCCUGAGCUAUCUUUUGAGUUAAAAUAAGGAUCCUAGAACAGAACCUCAUGCCACAGGCCCUAAAAAAGAAAUUGACUCAAACCUCAAGUGCUGUAACUCCCUCCCCUGUUUGUCAGUUGGUUGUCUUUUUUUAUUAGUAGUAUUGAAGUCCUGAGGCGAAAGAGUGUUUUCGGUGUCUGUACUACUGUUGUAGAUUUUGCUAUUUUUCAAACACUGUUAACUGAGAUGUUUUGGUGAUUUGUAUGUGAUUUGUGUUUCAAAGCUUCUUUAAGAUUAAUGUUGGGACUGGUUAGAGGGAUCCAGGAGCACUAACUACUCUGUAUUGCUGACAUUGUCUUUCCAAUCC